AUGCAACCGCGAGUACGAUUCAACGCAAAGGCAAGGAGCUCCCACAAGAAGAAGGCCAAACGCGCGAAAGAUAGGCCGGAGGCGUCGCAGGAAGAUCAAGUCGACCCUAAUGCCGCGAUUGUCGUCCCCAAGAGUGAGGAGGAGAAGGAGCGCGAGAGGAAGCUGAAGAUGAGGGAAGAGAUUCUCGCCGAGUCUAACUCGAAAGCGAGCGGCAAGAAAAAGAAGCGGCUGGACAAGUACAUUGAGAAGAAGCUGAAACAGGAAGAGCGACUUGCGCUAUUCGAGAAACUAUCAAAGAGUCAAGCUCAGGCAUCAGCCGCGAUUCAAUUGCAGUCCUCUGCUACACUGGGCACGGGCAAGGUGACCACUCACCAGCAUCGGCUCGAGCAGUUGGAGGACAAGGAAGUCAGGCGGACUCUAGACGGUCGCUCUGGUAAGGGCAAACGCCGUCGAACCGCCAAUCCUACCUUGCUUGCCGCCGAAGACAGCGAAGAAGAGUACGGCGUUCCAAUGGAAGUGGAUGCCCUCGCAGAGGCCGAUGACGACAACGGCGAGGACGUCCAGGAAGGAAUGUCUCGUUCGAGACCGGUCGUCGUUGUAGAUUCCGGAUUCUCCACGACAGCGCAGUCCGCCGGAUCUGAAUCCCUGCCUUCCUUGCCUACGGUUCCUGCCGUCGGUAGUGCUUUGAAGCGGAAUGCCGACGGGACUAUCGUUGCGCCCAGGAUAUCAAAACGGAAGCCCAAGGAUGCGAAUCGAACCUUCGCAUCCUGGAAACACAAACGUCUGAAUCACAGAGCGAAGGCGGCACAGGAAGAUUCCGAUUCGUCAUUCGAUAGCUCUGACUCCGCAUACGAUUCGGAUGAGAAGGAUGACGAGGGUGCCAUUGAAGCCGAGGGCGAUUCGGAGGAGUCUGGUUUAGAGGAUGGUUCAGAGGACUCAGAAAACUCGUCAUCUGCGGAGUCCCACGCAGAACCAGACCAGGUUUUCACCGAGGAGCCGGAAAGCAAGAAGCGCAAAAGGCUCGGCUUCAAAGAUUGGGCCAUGAAGCAGCUCAGCGCAGUCAAGGGAUACGUUGCGCCCUUGCCUGAUCCAGACGAUCCAACAGCCCCUUCCCCUGCGCUACCCGAGCACCCUACGAAGAAGCGCAAGACAGAUCACUUGAAAGGGCCGAGGGAAAUGCGCGGGCCGCUCGGCGAGGAUAUGCAGCUGCCCAAGACUGCGUUUGCACAGCAGCUCCAGGACGGUAUGAAAAAGGGAGUCAAGCCGAAGGCCCGCAAGGUUAUUGCCGUGACACGGCCUCAGGAGGUGGAGGAAGCGAGAAUGCUGCUCCCUAUCGUGUCUGAGGAGCAACCUAUAAUGGAGGCUAUCAUCCUCAACACCGUCGUUAUCAUAUGUGGUGAAACAGGUAGUGGUAAGACUACUCAAGUCCCUCAGUUUCUCUACGAAGCAGGAUUCGGAUCCCCGGGAAGCGACAAUCCGGGAAUGAUAGGCGUGACGCAGCCACGACGAGUUGCUGCCAUGUCCAUGGCUUCACGCGUUGCACACGAGUUAUCCCUGACCUCCUCCAAGGUUUCGUAUCAAAUACGAUACGAUGCCACUGUGUCUCCAUCGACGGCGAUCAAAUUCAUGACGGAUGGCGUUCUUCUGCGUGAGCUGGCCGUCGAUUUCUUGCUGAAGAAGUAUUCGGUCAUUAUCAUCGACGAGGCACAUGAAAGAAGCAUGAACACGGACAUCCUGCUAGGCGUAUUGAGCCGUGUCGUCAAAUUGCGAGAAGAAAUGUGGAAGGAGGGCAAAGAGGACGUGAAGCCGCUCCGCCUCAUCAUAAUGUCUGCUACGCUUCGUGUGUCUGACUUCGCAGAAAAUAAGACCCUCUUCGCAUUCCCCCCGCCUAUCAUAAACGUCCCCGCUCGCCAGCAUCCCGUGACCGUACAUUUCAGCCGUCGAACGAACUCGGACUACAUUUCUGAGGCUAUCAAGAAGACGAGCAAGAUCCAUGCGAGGUUACCUCCGGGCGGCAUCCUCGUUUUCCUGACUGGCCAGAAUGAGAUCACCGGAGUGUGCAGGAAACUAGAGGCGAGGUAUGGCAAGAAGGCGUUAGAGGAACGACGCAAGUCCCGACAGUCGCUUCAGUCCCGUCUCAGCGGCUUGGCCGAGUCCUUGGCUAAAGACAGCGAGCCAGGUCGUACGGUUGCCCCGGCACAUGCUGACGUAGAGGCCGAGGAUUUUGAUCUCGGGAAUUUUCAGCGAGCAGACGAGGCGCUAGCGUUCGACGUCGACGGUGAUGUUGAUGCGGAGGCGCUCGAGUCGGAUGACGAUUCGGAGGGCAACGAUGAACUGGGUAUCGAGGCCGAAGAGACCGACGUGCCAAUGCACAUCGUCCCGCUAUAUGCGCUUCUUCCGAGUGAGAAACAGAUGGAGGUGUUCAAGCCUCCUCUGGACGGCACUCGACUAGUAGUCGUUUCAACAAACGUCGCGGAGACGUCGCUGACCAUCCCCGGCAUCCGCUAUGUCGUCGACUGCGGUCGCGCGAAGGAGCGGCGCUACGACGUAGCCAACGGCAUCCAAGCCUUCCAAGUCAGCUGGAUCUCCAAGGCGUCCGCCGCACAGCGCGCAGGCCGUGCAGGCCGCACAGGCCCCGGCCACUGCUAUCGCCUGUACUCCUCCGCGCUCUUCGAGAACUACUUCGACGCGUUCUCGCAGCCCGAGAUCCUCCGCAUGCCCAUCGAAGGCGUCGUCCUCCAGAUGAAGAGCAUGCACAUCGACGCCGUCGUCAACUUCCCCUUCCCCACGCCGCCCGACCGCGCGAGCCUGCAGAAGGCCGAGCGGGUGCUCACGCACCUCGGCGCGCUCUCGACGGCGACGGCCAAGGCCGGCUCGACGCUGGGCGCGGCGAUCACGGACGUCGGCCGCACGAUGGCGCUGUUCCCGCUGUCGCCGCGGUUCUCGCGCAUGCUCGUGAGCGGACGGCAGCACGGCUGUCUGCCUUACGUCAUCGCGAUCGUCUCUGCGCUAUCUGUGGGCGACCCGUUCCUGCGCGAGGAGGCGCUCGAUCAGGAAAAAGACGAAGACGAGGGGGAGGAGGACGAGGAGGAGCUCGCGCACAUCACGGGCGAAGCCGCGCGUGCGAAGGAGGCACGCCGGAUCCGGAGGAAGGCGUUCUUCGCGUCGCAGAAGCUGCACGCCUCGCUCGGCAACGCGUCCAGCGACGUCCUCCGCGUCCUGUCCGUCGUCGGCGCGUACGAGUUCGCAGGCGGCGGGCACAAGUUCUGCGAGGAGCACUUCGUCCGGCCCAAGGCGAUGAUGGAGAUCCACAAGCUGCGCGCGCAGAUCAGCGCGAUCGUCCAGGCCAACUUCCCCGACGUCCACCCCGGGCUCGCCGCCGACCUCCGCCCGCCCUCCGCGCUCCAGCUGAAGGUCCUCCGGCAGCUCGUCGCGGCGGGCUUCAUCGACCAGGUCGCCGUCCGGAAGGACGUCGCGCAGAAAGGCCGCGCCGCGGGCGCAGGCACGCAGUACACGACCGCGCGCGGGGUCCCGUACCAGGCGCUCGGGAUCCCAGACGAGGACGUGUUCGUCCACCCGUCCUCCGUGCUCGCGGGCGGGGCGCCGCCCGAGUACGUCGUGUACCUCGAGGUCGUGCGCACGUCCCGCGUGUACAUCAAGGGCCUGACCGUGGUGAACGGUGCCUGGUUGUCCGCGCUCGGGAAGUCGCUGUGCACGUACUCAAAGCCGUUCAAGAACAAGGAGGGGCAGUCCAUGGUAAUCCCCCACUUUGGCCCGCAGGGGUGGGAGUUACCGCCAAUACGGGAGGACCAGAAGUGA